CAGCUCCCGCUACACAGCUCCCCUCCAACCGCAGCGACCGGGGCAGCUGAGCCAGGAGCAGGGGCAUGUCCCUGAACCCCCUGGGGGGGAGGCACUGACACAGGACACCGGCUCAGGCGGACCCGGAGCAGAGCCGGAGCAGGAGUCACCUUGAGGAGGAGUGACUGGGAGCAGGGACAGGGAGAGAGGGAGAUGGCGGGUGCUGGGCUGGUCCAGGACACUGCUUCCUGGGCGGACUGGAUGACCAAGCUCCCUGAGAGAAAGCACACAGUCCCACUCAGCACACUGGCCAUUCCGGGUUCCCAUGACUCGUUCAGCUUCUACAUUGAUGAAUCGUCUCCGGUGGGGCCGGAGCAGACUGACACGGUGCAGAACUUUGUCUCUGUCUUUGGGGCGGUGGCGAAGAAGCUGAUGAGGAGAUGGCUGGCCACCCAGAGCAUGAAUUUUCGUCACCAGCUCCAGGCUGGCAUUCGGUACUUUGACCUGCGUAUCUCCACCAAGCCCAGGGACCCUGACAACCAGCUCUACUUUGCCCAUGGGUUAUUCAGUGCCACCGUGAGGGAGGGUCUGGAACAGAUCAACGCCUUCCUGUUGGAGCAGCCGCGGGAAGCUGUCAUUCUGGAUUUUAACCACUUCUACGGGAUGCAGAAAUGCCACCACGAGAUGCUGAUUGGGAUGCUGCGGGAAUGUUUCCAGGAGCGGCUCUCUCCUGUGAUCUUUGCCCAGGAAGUCAGCCUCCAGUAUCUCUGGGAGAAGGGAUACCAGGUGCUGGUGUUCUACCACAAUCCUGUGGCUCUGGAGGUCACCUUCCUGUGGCCUGGUCAGAUGAUGCCGUCCCCCUCCCCCAACACCACUGACCCAGAGAAACUGAUCCAGUUUGUUCAGGCCUCCAUCGCUGACCGCCGCAGUAAGGGCACCUUCUUUGUCUCACAGCUGGUCCUCACCCCCAAGGCCAGCACCGUGAUGAAAGGGGUGGCCAGUGGCCUGAGGGAGACCAUCACAGAACGGGCCCUCCCUGCGAUGCUGCAGUGGAUUCAGUCUCAGAAACCCGGGGAGAAUGGAGUAAACAUCGUCACUGCAGACUUUGUGGAGCUCGGAGAUUUUAUCAGCGCUGUCAUCAGACUCAAUUACCUCUCAGAAGAUGGCAUAUCCAAUGCAACUUAGUCAUGUCCCUCGUUGUCCCCAGCUCCCAUUCCCAGCCCCUGUGUGACUCAUGUUUGCUUUGAGUGGUGUUCCUGAUCUGUGUGAAAAUGUAUGUGUAUGUGUGCGCGUGUGUAUAUGUGUGUGUUUGUGUGUGUGAGCGUGUGUACGUCUGUGUGUGUGUGAGCAUAUGUGCCUGUGUUUGUGUACAUGUGUGUAUGUGUGUGCGUGUGUGUGUGUGAGCGUAUGUGUGUGUGUAUGUGUGAGCGUGUGUGUGUGCCUGUGUGUGAGCGCAAGUGCGUGAGCAUGUGUGUGAACGUGUGUGUGCCUGUGUGUGCGUGUGUGUGCCUCUGUGUGUUUGUGUAUGUGCCUGUGUGAGUCUAUGUGUUUGUGUGUGCGUGUUUGUGUGCAUGUGUGUGUGUUUGUGUGUGCGCCUGCGUGUGUGCAUGUGUGUGUGUUAGUGUGUGUGCCUGUGGGUGUGUGUGUGUGUGUAUGUGUGUGUGCCUGUGUUAGUGUGUGCAUGUGUGUGUUUG